CUUGGAAACGUCUCUAGGCGCACUACGCCUCCCACCAUUGACCAUGGAUAUCCACCGAUCUCGUUUCGUGCCCUACCCGCCAUCUGCGAUCAACGCGCUCGCCUUUUCGCAUCCCGAAGCCGAACACGGACAGCAGGAUCCAGGGUCGCUGCGACUUGCCAUCGGGCGCGCCAACGGAAACAUUGAAAUAUGGAACCCCGCAAAGGGCUCUUGGCUUCAAGAGAAGGUCUUCUAUGGAGGCAAGGACCGGAGCGUCGAAGGGCUGGCUUGGACGCAAGAGCCGGAUGAGCGCGACGCCCAAGGCAAGCUAGUCCCGGGCCGUUUGCGACUCUUCAGCAUCGGAUACUCGAGUACCGUCACAGAAUGGGACCUAACUACUGGUCUGCCCGCCCGCCAUUCCAACGGAAACCACAGCGAAGUUUGGUGCUUUGCUGCCCAGCCCAGACUGAAGAAUGCGGCAAAGGGAGCUUCAAAAGACGAAGGCGAUGCGCGGCAGAAGCUUGUCGCUGGUUGCGCCGACGGUACAAUUGUUCUGCUUUCUACCGACAACGACGACCUGACCUUUGAGCGCUUCGUUUCCCGUGCUACGAACAAGAAGGCGCGCGCCUUGAGCAUCUCCUACAAGGAUCACCACACCGUACUAGCUGGAUUCGCAGAUAGCAUGAUCAGAGUGUUCGAUACCAGGAACGGCAACGUCAUUAGGAAUAUCUCAUUGGGAAGCGGGCCUCACGGUGGCCCAAAGGAGAUUUUGGUGUGGAAGGUCAAAUGCCUUCCAAAUGGCGACUUUGUGUCGGGAGACUCUACUGGCGACAUUCGAAUCUACAAUGGCAAGAACUACAGUCAGACACAGAGGAUAUCUGGACACGAAGCCGAUGUGCUCGACCUUGCCGUAACCCGCGAUGGAUCCAGCAUUUUCAGUGCAGGCAUGGAUCGACGCACCUGCUUCUACACAAGCAAGAAGGGUCAAGCGCAGGGACAGAGUGGAAAAUGGCGAAAGGUGUCUCACCAAAGGCAUCAUGAACACGACGUCAAGGCUAUGACAACGUACGAAGGCAGCAAGCUCAGCGUUGUCGUCACCGGAGGUAUCGACACACAGCCCAUUGUUGUACCCAUCCGUCAGUUUGGAAAGGAGCUUAGUCGUGGCCUUCCAGCCUUGCCUCCCACUCCUCCCAUGACGAGUGCCUCGGGCGCUAGGUUGCUGGUCAGUUGGUGGAGCACAGAAGUCCGUAUAUGGCGGGUAAAGCCACAGGAUGAUGGAACAGAAAAGCCCAAGGUGGUUGCGCGUCUUGCUCUCCAGGGGGAGGAAAAUAUCAUUUCAGUCUCCAUCUCCCGAGACGGUGGACUGCUGGCCGUUGCAACAGCCAGCACGGUUAAGUUGUUCCAGCUCCUGCACCCACAAGCUGGAGCUGGGCCUGGGCUGCGCGUGCGGAAGCUUGACAUGCCUUCAAUUGCAGGUGCAAAGGCUCUGAAGAUGGCUGCGACUGGUAAAUGGCUCGCUGCUAUUCUGGCUACAGACGAAAUUCAGCUGGUCAGGAUAGUGCGGACAGAUGAUCCUGCAGACUUGCCCCGGGCUCUGGAGAAAGUUCAGCCUCUCCGCCGCCUUGAUCGCGACACAAUCACAAGCACCCCCCUGAGUGGCCCGUCAGGAAUCUACGAACGAUCAAUUGCACAUGGCGAUUUCUCAAGCGACGGCAACGCAUUCGCUGUCGUUGAUCUUGCUGGAUACGUGGAUACAUGGGUGAUUAAAGGCCACGAGGAUACAACCGCACCAGAGAUCGACAUUGGCGAUUCAACCCCUAUGGCGGAGGACGACGGGUCUGGUGACGAGGAAGAGACGAGCGAACAGAUUACAUAUCUGGGCCAGCAUUGGGAACGAAAUCCUUCAGGCCAUCUACUUCCCCGACUGGACUCAACACCCGUAUUGCUCUCGUUCCAGCCCAACCCGGACGCCUCCAGCAAACCAAACCCCAACGGAAACCCAGCCGUACAUGCCACAAGGCAAAAUCCGCAUCCCCAAUCCCACGAGCUCCCCGCCACAGAGUACAGAUUACUGCUCGUUUCAGCCGAGCACCAGCUCUACCUCUUCGACGUCCUGAGCGGCCGCCUCUCCGAAUGGUCCCGAAGAAACCCGCCUUCAAGCUACCCGCGCGAAUACAAGCAACUCGACCUCCCCGCCAAAGGCUGCAUCUGGGAUGUGACCGAGGCGCAGCAACGGAUAUGGGUGUAUAGCGAAAAAUGGCUCUUCAUGUUCGACCUGACAAGGGACCUGGUGGUGCCUGUUUCCGAGGCCGACCACGCAGGCAAAAAGCGCAAGCGCGACACGCCCAAGCAUAACUCGGGUGCCGGCGACGCUAUUCCGCGUAAAGAAGCGCCUGUUGCUAAAAUGCGCCGUUUCCAGAGCGAUGAGUCGGAUAAGACGGGCAGACAGAAAUGGAUCGAUGUCAAUGCUGUUCGCCGCUCGCCUGACGCCGACGACGACGAAGAUGAUGAUGCUGAUGCCGAUGAGCCAAAUCCAAAUACCCACUCUCUCACUGCUCUCGGCAGAAAUCAAAGUCAAGACGGCCGAGGCGAUGCCGAAGACGCCGUCAACGGCAGUAAUACCAGUAAUGGUACUACUACUACUACCAGUAAACGCAGCGAGCCAUGGUGGCACACAUUCAAGUACCGCCCCAUUCUCGGCAUCGUCCCCAUCAGUGCGCACGACGGCUUCCACGCCCCCGAAGUGGUGCUUGUUGAGCGGCCCAGCUGGGAUUUGGAUCUUCCGCCGAGGUUUGUCGGCACGCAUGAGCAGUAGGGAGUAGUUGGGUAGGGAGCUGUGGAUAAAGUAGUAUUGAUGGAUGUAUGUGUGUAUGUAUGUACGUAUGUAUGUAUGUAUGUAUGUAUGUAUGUAUGUAUGUCUGGCUGGCUGGAUGAGGGGAGAAAGGGGGGGGGGU